UGCCUAGCUCCCCCGGCGGCGUCAGCCCUGUCCAAACCCUCGAGAGCCUUAGUGCGCACGCGCCGGGUGGAGCCGCAGGGGAAGCCGGGAGGAGUUCUCCUGUGCACGUAUGUUAAGAGAUUCCACAAGAUGCCUGCCAAAGAAUGAAAUUGCAGGAUUAAAAGGAGAUUCUUCACAUGGCUGCUGAAGAAGUGACCAUUACAAUUCGCCUCAUUCGUUCAUUUGAACACCGCAAUUUCAAACCUGUAGUGUAUCAUGGAGUUAAUUUGGACCAAACUGUAAAGGAAUUUAUAGCAUUUCUAAAGCAAGAUGUCCCUCUGAGGACCAGCCUGCCACCACCAUUCAGAAAUUAUAAGUAUGAUAAACUAAAGAUUAUUCAUCAAGCACAUAAAUCAAAGACAAAUGAACUCGUAUUGAGUUUGGAAGAUGAUGACAGACUCCUGCUGAAAGAAGACAGUACUCUGAAAGCUGCAGGAAUCGCCAGUGAAACGGAGAUUGCGUUCUUUUGUGAAGAAGAUUAUAAGAACUACAAAGCUAAUCCCAUUUCAUCUUGGUGACGGUGUCUCAGGAGCUUCCUUUCCGCAUACCUGUAGGUCCUUCCUUCCUUCUUUGUUGGAGAAUAAU